AUGGACUAUUGUGAAGCGGUAGCGGUUGAAGUUAUACUGAAGCCAACACCAAUUCUGCUGUACCUAUGUUACAUGAAAAUCUUCGAUAUUGACAUCGCCAUCAAACAUUUUGAAAAUAUCAAGUCACUCAUGAAUCGCUUUCCUGCCCACCAAGUGAUGGUUUUGGGUGAUUUCAACUUGAAAGAUAUCCAAUGGACUGCAAAUGAAGCUGAAAAUUGCUACGAGCCUAUCAUUUCAAUAGAAACAAGAUCUAUCUAUUUGAAAAACGCGAAUACAUUUUUGACUGAAAUUCUCGGACUGCCGCUGUAUCAAAUUUCAAACAUUGAAAAUAUAGCUUCGAAUGUGUUGGAUUUACUAUUUGUGAACAGUUCGUGUGAAGUCAAAUUGAGUGUCGACCAACACACACUCGUUGAUGAGAGCCAACAAGAUGUUUAUCAUAAACCGUACGCCAUCGAAUUUGAAUAUUCCAAAGUUGGAUCAAUGAUACGUGCUGAACCCAAAUUAGUGUUCAAAUACUCUCGUGGAAAUUAUCGACGACUUUGUCAACAGAUUGAGUGCAUAAAUUUUCAACACGAAUUUAGUAUUCGCGAUGUUCAUUCAGCGUUUGACUUCUUCCACUGCACCAUGAAAACACUCACAGAGAACAAUAUACCAAAGGUUUUGGUAACCAAUUACCCUAACAAGCCUAAAUGGUGGACUCAUGAGUUGCAGCAUAAGAAAAAUCAACGAGAUAAAUCGUUCAAGCGUAAACCGAAAGGCAUUCAAACAACAGAAUACAUCGAUGCAUGUCGUGAUUUCAAUGAGUUGAACGAUAAACUGCAUAGUGAAUACAUUGCUGGUGUUCAAAAUAAUAUCAAAUCGAAUCCAGCAGAAUUUUGGAAAUUUGCGAAAAUUGGCAACAAACAAGCUACGUAUCCAAAUCAAAUGCACAACAAUAAUGCCACGGCUGAUUCACCUGAUGAUAUUGUUCAACUGUUUGCAGAUUACUUCGAGACAAUUUAUGUAGCUGAUGAACAACUUUGGAAUUUCGACGAAAUAUUUCAAGAGAGUGCUGAUUUUACUGAAAUCAAUGUGUCAUUGACAAGUAUCGAACUAGCCAUUAACUCUUUAAAGUGGCAUAGUGGUGCUGGACCAGAUGAGAUAUCACCGUUUGUCAUCAAGCAAUGUAUCGACGCCAUUGUUUGGCCAAUAUGGCUUUUGUACCAGAAAACAUUUGAUGCUGGUACUAUUCCGUAUCUGCUCAAGCUGUCGAGAGUUGUGCCAGUUUACAAAAAAGGCCCCAAAGAGGAUGUCACAAAUUACCGUGUGAUAGCAAUCAGUUCAGUCAUUCUGAAAAUCUUUGAAUUAUCAAUCAAGCACCAGUUGAGUGCUAUCAUUGACCCACAAUUAUCGAAUUCACAACAUGGAUUCAGAACAAAGCGUUCUGUUACAACGAAUUUACUGAGCCUGUCUAUAUUAGCGCACGAUGUGUUUCGCAAGAAAACGCAACUUGAUGUCUUUUACGGAGAUUUUAAAACUGCGUUCGACCGCGUAUGGCAUCGAAAACUCAUCGAGAAAAUUGCUCACUUCAAAAUUGGUCGUAAAACCGCCAGAUGGCUAUGCGACUUUGUCAUCGGUCGUUUCAAUUUUGUGAUGAUUGGCCAGUCCAAAUCCAGAUCAUACCCGUCACCAUCUGGUGUGCCUGCUGGAAGUGUUCUGGGGCCAGUUUUGUUCACCAUGUUUAUAAACGACAUAAGUGCCAUUGUUGAAAAGUCUACCGUGCUGCUGUUAGCAGACGACAUCAAAAUAGCAUUGGAAAUACGAGGCAAUACCAUGUCAAACAACACGCAUCACCUUCAAAAUGAUAUUGAUAAACUCAUGUUUUGGUCAAUCGCCUUUAACAAAGACAUAUUCACAACAAUUAUUCAAUUCUAUUCGGCUUAUACCUGA